CUCACUCUGGCUAUCGUGUGAGGUAGACACAACGUCCCUGGCUCGCUCAAACCUCUAUCCCCUUCCUUCCCCCUAGAUACGUAAUCAUAUCCACGUUAAGCUGACGACUCUAAGCCCUUAUCCGGCCUUAUCUACAGACGUGACUCGUCAGAGUGGAUAUAGUGAUCAGAGAUCCUUUUUUUUUUUUCCUUCAUACUGAAAGGUACUCACUGAAAAACUCUGAUUCUUCCAUCUUUUUUUAAUAUUCCAUUUUUAUUGUAAUAAAAACAGAAAAAAAUAGCGUUGUGUAUAUUUUUUACACGGUUUUUUUGGACUUCAUUUUUGAGGUGGUCAUGAUGAGAAUUUUGAGCCGUGUUUGGAUCGGUGGGUGGUGAGUGGGCGUCUCUUCCCUGGCGGUGGGCGGUUUGGGCGUGGGUGGUAUUCCCAGAGCUGCAAUGAUUCUAUCUCUGGCUGCCUAAGGAUGUAGUGCUGAAGCCAUCAUGAUCACUGUGCUUAUAUUCGCCUCCCUGGCUGGUGUCAUCCUCACACUGCCUCAAGAGCUGCUGCCGGGACUGGUCGACUCCGCAGAGAUGCAAUUCGGAGGUAUAGAGUCUGGCCAGACAGCCUCGGACGCUACAGGUGCCUCACUCUCCUCGUUGUGGUCCUACAGCACCGUCACAGAAGAUAGGUACGAUCAUUCGCUGCACGGCGACCAGCACGAGUUGACGCCCUACUUCCAAGACUAUGAAAACAUUACCAACAUCACUGCUCAGCUCGGCUCCACUGCCUACCUCAACUGUCGUGUUAACAGGCUCAGAGAUAAGACGGUAUCGUGGGUGAGAAGAGAUGGGGAGAAGAUCAAGCUGCUCACUUGGGGCCUCCACACGUAUAGUAACGACGCCAGGUACUCGCUGAACUUCGAACACCCCAACAACUGGAAACUUCAGAUCAAAUAUACCCAGCGUCGAGACCAGGGCAGCUACGAGUGCCAGGUGUCCACGCACCCUCCCAAGGUCCUCUCUGUCAGGCUCAAUAUUGUGGCUCCGGUGGUGGAGAUCAUAGACGAGAGAGGAGCCUCGGUUCACGAGAAGUUCUACAAGACAGGCAGCACCAUCGAACUCAAAUGCACCAUCAGCCAGAUGCCGCAAGCACAGACGUUUAUACUUUGGCGCCACGGUGACCACAUGCUCAACUACGACACAUCUAGAGGGGGGAUUAGCGUGAAGACAGACAUGAGCAGUUCCGUGAUCGUGUCUACACUCUUCAUUGCCAACGCUACUCCCAAGGACUCUGGUAAUUACACCUGCUCCUUGGGAGACGUAGCCACGGGCAGCGUCCUUGUCCAUGUCCUCAACGGCUCACGGAGAUUCUUCUCCCGAGUGCUUCCCUCAUUUGUGUUUCAGCAACAUGCCGUAAUAACAGUGGGAACAACUCACCCAGGGACACCUACGAGAGGAGCCACUCACCAGGGCCACCCACAAGGCUCACUCGCCAUUGCUAUCCACCAGGGCAACCCAGCAGGGCCACCCACCAGGGCCACCCACCAGGGUCACCCUCCAAGGCUACCCAGCAGGGCCACUCACCAGGGCCGCACCCAAGGGCCACCCACCAGAGCCACCCACCAGAGCCAUCCACCAGAUCCACCCACCAGAGCCACCCACCAGAGCCACCCACCAGGCAGUUAG